AUGGAAAAGGUGGUUUUGCCUAACGGUGAAGAGCGUGAGAUCGAGAUCAAGAACGCGUUAUAUGUUCCAAGUAUGAGCAAGAACCUUCUUUCAGUGCCACAGAUCACCAAGGGUGGCAGGUUCCAAGUCGUGUUUGAUGGGUACAAGAUGCAAGUAACGCGCAAGAAUUCCAAGCAAGUCGUGGAGACAGCGUACCUUGUCCAUGGACUUUACUGGCGGCGGACUCUUCAACGAUCGGCUAAUGCAGCGACACAAAAUGGGGCCAUCGACUUACACGCGCGAAUGGAUCAUGCGCCCCUCGAUGUUCUACGCAAGAUGGUGGCCACCGGCAUGAUCAAGGAAGCCAAGGCACCUCCCAACUUGACUGGGUCAAGUGUGUGUCGCGGUUGCCAGCUAGGGAAAUUGGUUUAA